UAAGUCGAAAGUCCGAAUCCCCAGAAAGAAAGAAAGAAAGAAAGAACGAACAGCAGCCGAAAGAGAGAGAGAGAGAGAGAGAGCAGACGAACGAAGGAAAUCAAAAGAACGGAAAGAAGGGAAGAGAAGAGAGUCCACUCCUUCUCCUUCUCCCUCUCCCUCUCCCACCAGCGAAAGCCUUUCUUCAAAAUCUCGACGAAGAAGACGAUCAGAAGCCUUCCUUCCAAAUCUCGCAAUCCUUCACUUCACUCUCUCUUUCCCUCAGUGUAAUGAGUCACCCUGCGUUCAAUCGGCGAGAGAAUUGAAGCUCGGCGAACCGCUUCAGCUCCGAUCAGCUGUCUCCCCGCUCACUCGGAGACACUGCGUUUUCGAGCGGCUUGUGAAUUGGAUUGAGACUCAGCGCUUUGGUUGUGAGCUUGCUUGUCCUACGGAGGCUGGACGCAAUGCAGAACAACGAAGAGCAUGUCGUGGAUGGGGAAGCAGAGUCUGCCUCAUCAGCUCCGCAGCCUGAAUUCAGCGAUUGGGCAUAUUAUGCGGAUGAGGACACUAUGAAGCAGCCGAACGAGAUCCCUGCUUCGGAAUCAGAGAAGAUCCCUUUCGUCGGAGACAAGGAGCCUCUGUCUGCUUUAGCGGCUGAAUACCAAUCAGGAAGCCCAAUUUUGCUCGAGAAGAUUAAGUUGCUUGGGGAAAAAUUUGCUGCCAUUAGACGAACACGAGGAGAUGGGAAUUGCUUCUUUCGCAGCUUUAUGUUUUCUUACCUUGAGCAUAUUCUGGAAACACAAGACAAAGCUGAGGUUGACCGUAUCACAGCUAAUGUUGAAGAGUGUAGAAGAACACUUCAGGGCUUAGGAUACAUAGACUUUACCUUUGAGGAUUUUUUUGCGCUAUUCCUGGAGCAGUUGGAAAGUGUUCUUCAAGGACAUGAAACUUCGAUAAGUCACGAUGAUCUGCUACAGAGGAGCCGAGACCCCUCAGUCUCUGACUAUGUUGUAAUGUUCUUCAGAUUUGUUACCACUGGUGAAAUACGCAAGCGGUCGGAAUUUUUUGAACCUUUCAUUAUGGGAUUAGCAAGUUCGACAGUGGAGCAGUUUUGCAAGUCUUCGGUUGAGCCGAUGGGAGAAGAGAGCGAUCAUGUGCAUAUUACAGCACUCUCUGAUGCAUUGGGCGUGCCAAUUCGUGUGGUAUAUCUGGACCGCAGCUCAUGUGACAACGGUGGUGUCAAUGUAAAUCACCACGAUUUCGUGCCAAGUUCUGGCGAUUCUUCUGGCAGCAGCUCGUCUAGCAGUUCUAAGACUACGGAGCCCUUCAUUGUCUUGCUGUAUCGUCCGGGUCAUUAUGAUAUUCUCUACCCGAAGUGAGACUCGCUAAGCACUUCUUCCAAAGGUUGGUACCAGUUUCUCCUGUGGAUUAAAGUGGAUGCCAGCGGGUCGCGUUGGUUGCAAGUACAUGAUGGUUGCAGAAACUUUGCUCAUCUGUGCUUGUGAGGUGUAUUUGAUGCUUUCAACAAUCGGGUCGGGGUCAUUCGUGGUUACUCUCUCCAAAAGAACCAAAAAGAAGAAAAGAAAAUCAAUCUCUUCGCAUCAACUUUACCUGUGUUUCACUUCCUUGCUUCGUCAGUUGCAUUUACUGAAAGUACUCUUCAUGAUACUGAUAAUGAAUCAACCCCUUCUUCUUUGUCAUUUUGCGAGGCAGUUUUCUUUGGGAAUCUUAUGCCCUGUUUGGUAGGAUCGAAAUAGAAUGGAUAGGGACGGAAUAUCAUGUUUAUUACAAUAUCCCAAGUGUGUAUUUUCUUUGUAUCCACCUGACAUAAUUUUUGUUUGUGGUAUAUCUUAUGAAUUGCAUCUCUUUAAUAGAGAGGCCCGACAAUAUAGGAUCGAGGAUAUUGGUCGA